AGUCGAACGUCCAUACAUUUCUCUGUAACCUACAUACACACCGCAUAGUAUGGUCAUGUUAGGUACAGACUGUACUAGUGCUCCACCGGAUCUUGCGAAGUGCAGCCAGGAAGCUCCAUAGAAUCCACGUCGCCAAGAAGACUCUCCGCUCUAAACUAGUCUACCAGCCCGACUCAUUUCUCAGGGUGGUCGGGCACUUUGACCAAACACUACCCGCAGACGUAGAAACAUGCCUCUCCGGUUGGACAUCAAGCGGAAGCUGACCGCUCGGUCGGACCGUGUGAAGAGUGUGGACCUGCACCCAACUGAACCAUGGAUGGUUGCCAGCCUGUACAAUGGCAGUGUCUGUGUCUGGAACCACGAGACACAGACCCUGGUGAAGACAUUUGAGGUGUGUGACCUGCCUGUGAGAGUGGCUAAGUUUGUGGCGAGGAAGCACUGGGUCAUUGCUGGAGCAGAUGACAUGCACAUCCAUGUGUUUAACUACAACACUCUGGAGAGAGCUCACAUGUUUGAGGCCCACUCUGACUACAUCCGCUGUAUCGCAGUCCACCCAACACAACCUUACAUCCUUACCAGCAGUGAUGACAUGCUGAUCAAGCUUUGGGACUGGGACAAGAAGUGGGUGUGUGGUCAGGUGUUUGAGGGCCACACCCACUAUGUCAUGCAGAUUGUCAUCAACCCUAAAGACAACAACCAGUUCGCCAGCGCCUCCCUGGACAGGACCAUUAAGGUGUGGCAGCUGGGAUCUUCCGCCCCUAACUUCACUCUGGAGGGCCAUGAGAAAGGAGUCAACUGUAUCGACUACUACAGCGGAGGGGACAAGCCCUAUCUUAUAUCAGGAGCUGACGACCGCCUGGUCAAGAUCUGGGACUACCAGAAUAAGACAUGUGUGCAGACUCUAGAGGGCCAUACCCAGAAUGUGUCCUGUGUCAGCUUUCACCCUGAGCUGCCAAUCAUCCUCACAGGCUCCGAGGACGGCACAGUGAGAGUCUGGCAUUCCAGCACGUACCGCCUGGAAAACACACUGAACUACGGGAUGGAACGUGUGUGGUGUGUGUGUGGCCAGCGAGGCACCAACAGUGUGGCGCUGGGAUAUGAUGAAGGCAGCAUCAUCAUCAAGUUGGGCCGUGAGGAACCAGCCAUGUCUAUGGACUCUAACGGUAAGAUCAUGUGGGCCAAGCACUCUGAGGUGCAGCAGGCCAACCUGAAGGCCAUGGGAGAGGCUGAGAUACAGGACGGAGAGAGGCUGUCCCUGGCCGUCAAAGACAUGGGCAGCUGUGAAAUCUAUCCCCAGACCAUCCAGCACAACCCCAAUGGCAGGUUUGUGGUGGUGUGUGGGGAUGGAGAGUACAUCAUCUACACUGCAAUGGCCCUGAGGAACAAGAGCUUUGGUUCAGCACAGGAGUUUGUCUGGGGCCACGACUCCUCAGAGUAUGCUACUCGGGAGAGCACCAGUAUGGUCAAAAUCUUCAAGAACUUCAAAGAAAAUAAGUCUUUUAAACCAGACUUUGGGGCAGAAGGUAUCCAUGGUGGGUUCUUGCUGGGCGUGAGGUCAGUGAGUGGUCUGGCCUUCUACGAUUGGGAGAACACAGAACUGGUCCGCCGCAUUGAGAUCCUGCCUAAACACGUCUUCUGGUCAGAGUCUGGGGAGCUGGUGUGUAUCGCCACGGAGGAGUCUUUCUUUGUGCUGCGCUACCUGGCUGAGAAAGUGGCAACAGCACAGGAGACCAAGGAGGGAGUCACCGAGGAUGGGAUAGAGGACGCCUUCGAGGUGUUGGGUGAGAUUCAGGAGGUGGUGAAGACAGGUCUGUGGGUGGGAGACUGUUUCAUCUACACCAGCUCAGUCAACAGACUCAAUUACUACGUAGGAGGAGAAAUUGUCACCGUCGCCCACCUGGACAAAACUAUGUACCUGUUGGGCUACAUCCCUAAGGAUGACCGUCUGUAUCUGGGUGAUAAGGAGCUGAACAUCGUCACUUACUCUCUGCUGGUGUCGGUACUGGAGUACCAGACUGCUGUAAUGAGGAGGGACUUUGGGAUGGCAGACAGGGUCCUACCCACAAUCCCUAAAGAGAUGAGGACCAGGGUUGCCCACUUUUUAGAGAAACAGGGUUUCAUGCAGCAGGCCCUGGCUGUGUCCACAGACUCAGAACACAGGUUUGAGUUGGCUCUGCAGCUAGGAGAACUGAAGAUCGCCUACCAGCUGGCUGUAGAGGCUGAGUCGGAGCAGAAGUGGAAGCAGUUGGCAGAGCUGGCCACUACUAAGUGCCAGUUUGUCCUGGCCCAGGAGUGUCUGCACCAUGCCCAGGACUAUGGGGGGCUACUGCUGUUGGCCACAGCCUCGGGCAACGCCAACAUGGUGGGCAAGCUGGCAGAGGGGGCAGAGAGAGAUGGCAAGACCAACGUGGCUUUCCUCACCUAUUUCCUCCAGGGGAAACUGGACAAAUGUCUGGAGCUCCUCAUUAAAACCAACCGGCUGCCAGAGGCUGCAUUCCUGGCCAGAACAUACCUGCCCAGCCAUGUGUCUAGUGUGGUGAAGCUGUGGAAGGAGAGCCUGGGGAAGGUGAACCAGAAGGCAGCUGAUGCAUUGGCCAACCCUACAGACUACAGCAACCUGUUCCCCGGCCUACGGGAGGCCUUCCUGGCCGAAGACUACCUCAAGGAGACCCACGUCAGGCUGAGGCCCGCCGCAGAGUACCCUCUCAUCACCCGUGUUCCAGUUACCGCCAAUAUCCGGUAA